GCGCCCUCCAUCCUCUUUAUCAGCACCUUUUGACCUCCUGUUCCCAUCGUUCCUCCCUCUCUUCUGUGUUUCAACGUACAAUUGUACUCGAUUACUCGCUUUCAUUGCUCGCAACUUUCUCUACCGAUAUGAACAAGGGGAACAAAGCUGCCCAUCCUGGAGUCAGUGACAGGCUCAUUUCCAAGAAGCGCGAGUUGCUCAAAGGAAUCAGAGAGCAGGUCCAGCUUGAUGAGACAAAUGGCAAACGCAGCCAGCAUGACUGGAUGUACAUGGCGAUGAUGGAAGACAGCCUUUGGUUGGACUCGUACCAAGAUCAGGUCCUGGACAAGAUCAAGUCAGACACCGUCGCGGACAAGUUUGAGCUGCUUGAUGAAACGGCAUCGUCAUGCAAUGUCGAAUACAACUCUUCUGCCGCAUGUAAACCCUGCGAGAGCCAGAAAUGUGAUUUCCCAGCAAGUGAGUUUGUGAACUUCAAGAGCGAAAGGAGCUGCGCAACAACAUCUACCCUCCGCCUUCUAGCGAAAGCUGGAGUGUACAAGCCCGUUAUGAAAAAGGACAAGUUGCUUUCUUAGGAUAGACUACCCUAAAAAAUGUUCAUUAGAAUAAAGCGCACUUUCUUUCA